AUGUCUGCCGCCGAUAGUGCUGAGAUCAUCGCUCUCAAGGAGAUCAUCCGCAAGGUUACUAGAGAGCGAACUCAGGCGCGCAAUGAGAAGCAUAUCGCCAUCAAAGCUAAGAAGAGCGCGGAACAGGAGGUUGCAGAACUACUCCGCCGCUACCAUGGCGUGGACGAACAACUAGAGCUGAAAGAGAAAGCUCUGGAAAGCCUAACUGAGAAAUACAUUACUAUGGUUGACAAGAAAAGCGAUAUAAUUAGGCGUUACCGAAACAAGCUUAACAGAGCCAAGGCAAAUGCUACCAUGCUGGAUGAUCGUAUCUCCAAGUGGAAGGAAACUGUUGAAAAUCUCACCAAAAAGAACAACACUGUUAUUGAAGAGCGAGACGCCAUUGCUGAGAAGUACAAGGAUGCAGUUAAAGAGAUCAAGGACCUUAAAGAGGAGAUUGGAGGCUACGUUGAGCUGAUCGAGGAACUUUACGACACGAUCGAAGCUCACCAUAAGGAGGAAUAA